AACUUUACCCAAUGGGUGACGUUCAUGAAUACGAAUCCUUGCAACGAUUUACGUCAUAAGUCGAUUCUUCCUCCCCCCUUGGACUGUGCAAAUUUAACGCUUCCUAAUGCUUUGAUUGUGGGACCGCAAAAGACAGGAUCAACAGCCCUUGCAACUUUCCUGUCUUUGCAUCCAAAUGUUUCAACAAAUGCACCGAUCGCGCAUACAUUUGAGGAAAUGCAGUUUUUUGGAGGUAUUAACUACCGUCGUGGAGUAGAAUGGUAUGCUCACCACUUCUCCAAGUCGCGCAUUGUUUACGAAAAAAGUGCUACAUAUUUCGAUAAUGGAAACGCUGCAAGGGAUGCCUUUGCACUUAUUCCCAACGCCAAAAUUAUUGUCAUUUUGAGUGAUCCAUCGAGAAGAGCUUAUUCAUGGUAUCAGCAUGUAUUGGCUCACAAUGACACGGCAGUGCUUUCUGCCAAAAAUUUAUUGGAGAUUCUGGAUAGUGAUAUCAUUGAGCUAAAAAGGAUCAAACAGCGAUGUAUAUCUGGGGGAAGAUAUGCACACCAUCUGACACGGUGGCUGGAGUUCUUUUCCAUGCCAGAUUUGAUUUUGAUUGACGGGGAACGAUUGCGCGAGGAGCCGGUCCGAGUGAGAUCCUUCUUCUUUAUCUCGCUAUACGCUAUAGCCCUUCAAAGGGAUUUUUCUGUUACCAACGGAAGCUUGAAGUGUCUUGGUCGUGGUAAAGGGCGCAUCUAUCCACCCAUGUCUCCAGAACUGUCAGCACGACUUAAUAGGAUAUUCCUCCAAGAUAAUAUCGCUUUACACAGAUUUUUAGUGGCGAACCAUUUGCCUGUGCCAAAAUGGUUGCAGUCUCAUUUAAGGCUUAAGGCG